UGCAGCACAGGAGAAAAGCGAGCGGAGGAGACGACAGUGGCUGGCUGCCAUUAACCGAUCAAAUUUAGGACAACUUGACUGUAUCCGGAUUUGUUCUGAUCACUUUGUGACAGCUCAUCAACUCGCUAAUUUCUCCAUCUCAAGAAGAAAAUGUGCAAACUCCAAGCACAAGUUCCUCUGCUGGCAUUGAGGAAGAGCCUCUGUCGUCCACUGCUGAUUUUUCAUCACAAGUUAAUUUCAAGCCAGCCAGGACAAGGGUCUACAAGCAAAGUAAAGGUUUGACAGCCAAGCCACGAGUGAGAGAUGUUGCGAUUCAAACACGACAAUCCUCCCUGAAAGAGUCAUUGGAUCGGAGUUCUGUAGCAGUCCAUGACUGUUGCAAUGAAAGUGAUAUUGAAGAUGAAAUUUUAUUAGAUGAUCCAACAAUUGAUCCUGAUUAUCAACCAAGCACAGAUGAUGAUCAUGAAGAUAUAGACGAGAUGGAUAUAGGACCAAGUAGCACUGGAGAAAAGUUUUAUCUAGUCAGCGAAAGUAAUUUAUUGUCCUUAUUCAAACAGUGCCCUAUGUGCCUCACAGAAUCUGAACAAUCUAUAAGUGUAAAUGGUACCGCCAUUACAGUGAGGCAAGACUGUCAAUCUGUUUUUUGUGGGUACAGAUGAACUUGGUCCAGCCAGCCGUCCAUUGGAAAUGUCAAAGCCGGUAACAUCACCCUUAGCGCUGCAUUACUUUUUGCUGGACUUUCACCUUCCAAGGCACUGAGGUUUUUGAACCACAUGAAUGUCCAGAAUAUUUCUUACGACACAUAUAUGAAACACCAGUCGAAGUAUCUCGUACUUGCUGUCAAUGAUGUGAUGAUGAAAGAGCAUGAAGAGAUUGUCGAAGAAAUAAAAAAGAAGAAUGGUGAAAUUAUUGCGAUGGGUGAUGGUCGAGCAGACAGUCCUGGGCAUUCAGCAAAAUAUGGAACCUAUACAAUAAUCGAAAAGUCAACACGCAAAAUUGUUGCAUCACAGUUAGUACAGUCAAACGAAGCUGGAUCGAGCACGGCAAUGGAGAAGGAAGGCCUCACCCGAGCAUUAGCCCAAUUAGAAGAAGAGGGUGUCGCAGUCAAGGAACUUGUAACUGAUAGACAUGUGUCUAUAAGAAAGAUGAUGAGAGAUCACCAUCCAACUAUUAGACACAGUGUUGACAUAUGGCACAUCGAUAAAGGAAUGGGCAAAAAGCUGACAGCACUUGGAAAGGAGAGAGGGUGUGACUUGGUUAAAAAAUGGAAGCCAGCCAUUUCCAAGCAUCUAUACUGGUGUGUCAACAAGGGUAAGGGGGACCCUGAUGUCUCAGUGGCAGCAUGGAAGGCUUUGGAAAACCAUGUGAUAAACAUCCACACCCAUGAUGAUCCAAAGUUUGACAAAUGUCUCCAUGGGGAGAUAGAGGAGAGAGAAUGGUUCAAACCUAGUACAAAGGCCUACACCAAGUUGAAAGAGAUAGCUUUCUCAAAAAAUAUGAUGAAGGAUAUCAGACAACUGACCCCUAACAGUAUCACCUCUGGAGUUGAAUCAUUUCAUUCAUUACUCAAUCAUAUGGCUCCCAAGAUGUUACACUUCAGCUAUCAUGCUAUUCGUGCUAGGUACCAAAUAGCUAUUAUUCAUCACAAUGAGAAUUCAGCUAGAGUUCAAGCCAAGACCAAAGGUGGUGAUGACAGGUACAACAUUGUCUACCCCAAAUUCAAAAAAGGCAGUCACACACUAUGUAAAGUGUUUGAGAAAGCAACCUAUGGUUAUGUCACUCGACUAAUGAAUGCAGUCCAUAAACAUGUCAUCAAUGACAAUAAAUACUUAGAAGAUCCAUCAAAGCCACCACCUUUGUCAAGCACAGCCAUCAGAAUUUCUAAAGAAGAUGCAGUCAAGCAACACAAGACAAGAUUUAUGAUAAAUGAAACAUCAGUUGAAAAUUAAUCAUACUUUAUACACAGAUAUAUACAGUCAAUUUUGCAAUAAUAUUCUUGUUUUAUGGAAGGUGUGGAAGCUUGAAUCCCUUAUACAUGUUUCCAGCAUCAGGAUAGGUAGCCCUUAUUUUUGAUACGGCACACGAUGGUAUUGGCACCCUAUUACCUUUUCCUAGCUUGCCAUGGAUCCAUUCCGUGAAGCGUCGAUAACUUGUAUACCUAUAUUUUCUGAAAGUAAAUUUAUUUGCCAAGUCAGUGUAUUGCUUAUGUAUCUACAUGUAACUGUUUUGCUGAAAUGACGAGUAUUGUUACAUCUGUGUCAAAGCAAAUAAUUAUGAGCAUUGAAUCUUGAAAUUUAAAUUUUUCAAUAAUCCACAUUUAAUUUUUUUCUCGAUAUACUAUUAAUAAUUAUCCACCUUUCAAUAUUCAGGGCUAAUAUCUUCUAACCUGAAUUGUGAAAAUUACAUUUAUGUACAUAAUUACUCACUCAGGCUGUGAUGAAUCUGGCUCUAUAUAAUCGUCCUUCUUGUAGUAUCUGUAUGACUGUUCCAGAGACCAGGGGUCAAGGCAUAUACCUUCAAAGCCAGGGUGGUUUAAUAUGCAUGUAGGAGGCUCAAUAUUAUUUUCUGAUGCAUGCUCCUCCAGUUUGUCAAAUACUCUAUUUAAUUCUUGGCAGCAACAACAUUCAUCUGGGUCUUCCAUUGCUGCACAAUGGGUACAUGUACACCUGAAAAAUUAUGUGUAUUGUUGUAUACCCUUAUUGAAAUUGAUAUAGUUAACAUAUAUAUGUAUAUUGUCUUUCGUUAUUCUAUUUGGUUGAGAUUUAUUAGUCUUUAAA